CCAUCGAGAGUGAGAGAAAGUUGCACUUUUGCACUUUUGCACUUCUACUCUGCCCUCUGCCCUUUUGCACUGCAUUUCCAACAACCCGCCGCCUCUUACGCUCACUCCACUCACUCCGCCACGCCUGCACUAAUCCUGCAUCUGCGCGUCCGUGUCUUGUGUCUGUCUUUCGUCGUGUCUGUGUCUCGUCACCCAUCCAACUUUUAUCGCUCCGCUUGUCAGCUCGCUCAACUGCCGCCAAUCCCUCAAACCAAUCCUUCUCCCAAAACUUCCUUCCUACCAUUCUUGCCUCGUUUACUCGUGCAAAUACCGCUCUCUACUUCUUCCCGCCCUCGCCUUGCCUCUAAACCCGGCGCUGAUGUCGGUCGUCUAGAAGUUUUUAUUCUUUUUUUUUUCACACUUCUCGCUUACCGCUCCGUGGUUCGCGCGCCCUCACUCCGUCCCCACCACAUCAUGCCGAAAGAGAACAAGAAGCGCGGCCGCCGCGAGGAGAAGAAGAGGAAGAGAGACGAUGAAGACGAGGAUGUCGAGGCUGUGCCUCGUACUAGAAAGAGUAGAAAGUCUGCCGACGAUGCUUUUGCAGUGCAGCCCUCGCCUGCUGCCACCCAUGACGUCGAUGCUGCCAAACCUACAACCGAAGAAAAUUACUGGGUCGGACAGCUGGACGAGGAAGAGCAGGAGUACUUUCGUAGAGCUAGCGAAAUGCUGGAGCUGAACCAGUUUUCAAAUCCAGAGGAGCGCAUGCUCUUUCUGGAGAACCUGCACAAAGAAGUGCACGGCAAAGAAUUGAAGAUCGCCCACAGCCAAGGCUGCUCAAGAUUGAUGGAACGACUCAUACAACUGGCCACUCCCGCUCAACUCAAGAGCCUCUUCCAGACCUUUAUCGGAAACUUUUUGAACAUGGUACAGCAUCGAUUCGCAUCCCACUGCUGCGAGGCCAUAUUCAUCCAUUCUGCCCCAGUUGUAUCACACGAGAUGCGUGAGGGAUCUAAGACUGGUGCGCCAUCGGAUCCAAACGAAGUCUACGUCACCAUGGAAUCGCUCUUUCUCUAUGCUGCAAACGAGCUGGAGGCCAAUCUCGGCUAUCUAAUCACCGAUCGAUACGCAUCCCACCCGCUGCGUGUCUUACUGGUCGUCCUGUCUGGCAUGCCACUCGAGCCGACAAGCCGACGCACCCUGUUACACAGCAGAAAGAAGGAGUCUAAUGCAGUUGCCCUUGGUGCCGAGAACACUGAAACCGUCACACCCGAAGAGCGUGUCGUCCCGCAGCACUUCCUGGACGAAGCUCAGAAGAUUAUCAAGCUCAGUAUCUCAGGGCUCGAGACGACGUACCUGCGCGCCCUUGCAACGCAUCAGACCGGCAACCCCAUUCUACAACUGCUACUGCAGCUCGAGCUCUCCAAGUUUAGCAAGUCAAAAGUCGCCAAAGAUGGUGAGACUCUCUUUCGUCGCUUGCUACCCGACGAUGACUUCACAGAAGGCUCCGAGAGCGAGAGAUUUGUCAAAGGCUUGAUAUACGAUCCUAUCGGCUCCAGACUUGUCGAAACGAUCGUAGAACAUGCACCUGGAAAAGUGUUCAAGUCACUGUACCGCAGCUACUUCAAAGACCGAAUAGCUCAGCUAGCUCGCAAUGACGUUGCUGGCUAUGUUGUUUGCAAAGUGCUUGAGCGUCUGAGUAAAGACGAUCUUGAAGAGGCUGUCAAGUUGGUCAUACCACAGAUACCCUCUUUGGUGGAACGUAAUAGGACGUCUGUGAUCAAGACACUUAUCGAACGCUGCGUCGUACGCGACGCCGACACGGCCAGCCUUGCGACAGCGCUCGAAGCGUCAUACGCCGGCAGCAAUGGAUUCGAAAUUGCACGUCUGCUCAAGCUCAGCGAAGUCGCUUCCGAGUCAACGAUGUCAUCGCCUCCGCCAAAGGCGUCGCAACAACAUCGUGCGCCAACGUCAAUGCCAGAGCGUCUCCACUCGUCUCUCCUCGCUCAGUCCAUGCUUACAGUGCCCGGCACGUUGUCCGAUCUUGUAUUCGACUCUCUCGCUCGGCUGUCUACUCCACUGUCAAUUGCCCUCGCACGUGACCCGAGUGCAUCACGCACGUUGCAAGCAGCCCUCAAGUCACCAUCGGCGUCCCUCAUCUUCCGCCGCAAGAUGAUACAACGGUUCUAUGGCCAUAUCGGCGAGAUGGCACUUGACCCUUCUGCAUCGCACGUCAUCGAUGCUGUAUGGGCCGGCACAUCUGGCCUAGCUUUCAUACGUGAACGGAUCGCCGAAGAACUGGCCGAAAACGAAGCCGCUCUCCGCGGCUCCUUUGUGGGUCGCAAUGUGUGGCGAAACUGGGAGAUGGAUCUGUAUAAGCGACGCAGAGAUACAUGGGUGAAGCGAAGCCGCCAAGGGGCUGGUAACGAUGGCUUCAUGAGCUUCCCGGAGAAGAAUGAUGGAGCCGCAGAUGCGAAGGAAGGGACAAAGAAGCAUAAGAGUGCUCUGGAAUUGGCGCGGGAAAGACAUUUUUUGGACAAGAAGAAGAAGGACAAGGAGGAGCAGAAGAAGCAGAAGAUUGGGAAGGAGCAAGAAUCUCAGCCUCAGCCACAGGAAGCAUCCGUUUCUUGACACGAUCGCUACUACAUUCAUUCAUUCCGUACCGUCUUUCAUUCUAUCUCCACUCUGCCGCCACCAGCGCGCAGUUUUAACGAGUCGUUCCGCCCGACGCGGACGGAUCUGUUGGGUCAUGUGUUUGUCGAAUUUCACGCAUCUGCAUGGCCACCGGCGUUCUACAAAACUGUCACCAUACACAGAGGUAACCUGGGAUUCACCUAUCAAAAAAUCAAUUCUUUAUUUUUAGUUUUGUUCAUAUUCGUGAUCUGAUGCUGUCAUUGCGCCUCAGGCUCGAAAGGAGCUUGUUGUUUCGUUAUACGUGGCCGGGUGCUGAUCGACUGCAUGGAAUCUGUAGACCCUACCUAUGGUAUCAGUGACGCUAUAGGCACACAAUACACUCGUCUUUUAUGUCGGUAU